GUCCUUUUGGUCAAAAAGGCUUAAAAUCCGGUGCGUAAAUGACGCAAUUUUUUGAUAGGGGUUCGAAUCAACGGCAUGAUAAUAUGGACGUAUAAAGAGAAGACUGACAGUCCCCGCGGGGACUAUACGUCUUCCCCACCCAUUAUUCCCAUCCAUUCUCGAAAAUGUUCACCAGUCAUACCUACGAACUUUCGAACAACAUCCAGAUUUUCUUCACUGACAGUGGUCCCCCUCCACAUUCCGACAAUUACACGACUCUCGUCGUCUUUCACGGAAGUGCUUUCAACGGAGCCGGCUAUGAGAAACUUCAUAGCGUCGCGCAUCCACUCAAUCUACGCACGGUCAUUUGGAAUCGACGUGACUAUCCCGGUUCGACACCAUACACCGAUUCUGAGCUCGAAGAUCUGAGACAAGGCCGCAGAGUUUUUAUGGAGAAGAUCGGAGUGCAGGUUGGAGAGUUUCUUGAACAGUUCAUUGAGAACGAGAACAUCCCAAAGGUUUCGAGUGACCACAAGGCGGGAGGUAUCGCUAUCAUGGGUUGUUCUAUGGGGAAUUCCUCAGCCAUGGCAUUAUUUUCCGAUCCGAAGUUGUCGCCUCCCGAGACUUACCUGAAGCUGAAGCCGUACAUCAAGGACCUAGUUUUGUAUGAACCCCCUCAUUUAUGUUUUGCGUACCCGCUCCCUCCUGGGGUGGACGUCUACAAUCCAUUGAACAAUUCCGAUCAGACUAUUCCCGGCUCAAAGGCGCCCAACUUCAAGUUUUGGGUUAGCUCCUUCUAUAAUCAUCGCGAUAUAAAUUCUGCAGACCUUCGUGACAUGGAUACACCCACCAAAGGAAGUAGUGAUGCGACAAUCACCAAGUGGUCACAAGAGGAAUUUCAGAGGUACGUGAAUGAGACUGCGACUGUGAGGUCAGAAUUACCGAUGUUUGUUGAACCGAUGCAAACGACGCUGAAGGAACUAUCAGACCGUGUGUUUUACGAUGAGGGACUGACUCGGACAUAUUUCCCCGAUUUGAAACUCACCAUGGUUGUUGGUACAAGAUCGAACUGGAUGUGUACCUGGGGCUCGUUGGAGACUCAACGUAUUCAUGACUUGCGCGUGGAGAAAGGAGCUGCAGUGCGACCGAUGAAAACGUAUAGGAUCAUUGGUGGAAAUCAUUAUGCUCACUGGGAGGACCCUAAUACCUUGUUGAAGAAAGCGCUUGAGGGGAUGACUCGGGAUAAUUGAUUGCUGUGAUUUGUAUGGUGUAUACGUGUAUUUCGAAUGAUUAGACG